AUGAGCACGCCACAUGUGGUUCGUGAGGCCAAGAAGGAGUUUGAGGCCAACAGGCGCGUCUACGAGAGCGUGCUGCUCACUUUUAAAGGUGUUGAGGGUUAUGACGUGUACAACUGCUCCGUCCCCUUCUUCUACGGGGGAAAGCUGCACAUCUACGGCCGCAUCGAGAAGCGCGAGAUUUGGGCCGCGUCGCAUGUGCGCCUCUUCGAGGAGACGGGCAAGGAUGAGUUUACGGUGGUUCCAAACGGGAUGACGUGGUAUUUGGAAGAUCCCUUCGUAUCAAAGGUGAAGGGCGAAGCGCUCUUCGGCGGCACACGCAUUCGAAAGGUCAGCGACCGCCUCCUAACCUACUACUGCGACUUUUACCGUGGUGGGAUUGAGCAGGGCCUCUACUUUACGACAGGUCCCGACUACAUGAAGGACAUUCGCUGUGUGGAGCUGGCGGAUGGCCGCAUCGGCGUCUUCUCCCGCCCCAAGACGGAUGUCUACACGUGCAUCGGCUUCACCAUCAUCGACGAUCUGAGCGAGUUGACGCAAAAGGCCAUUAGUGAGGCAGAGCCGCUUAAUGUCCUUCAUUCCGGUGCGUGGGGUGGGGUGAAUCAGGCGUACCUCCUCACCUCCGGAAAGGUUGGGUGCAUCGCACACUACAGUUACAACAGCAAGGACGACAAGGAUCACCCGACGUCGGUGUAUCUGAACUAUUCCUUCGUUCUGGACCCUGAGACGAAGGAAGCGGAGAUGGAGUGCAUCAUUGGCACCCGUUGCUGCUACCCGGAAUACCCUGUCAAGGCAGAGAAGCUCAUCGACUGCGCCUUCUCCUCUGGUAUCGUUAUGCGCGACGAUGGCAAGUGCGACCUGUACAGCGGGUUGGGCGAUACUUGUGAGGGCCGCAUCACGAUCGACUACCCGUUUGAUGGGUAUGGCGCAAUCGUUGAUCAGCUCACGUUCUGA